AUGACAUCUAAAGCCCACGCGCUGGAGACAAGAGAAGAAAGUUGGGAGGACAAAGUGAGCAUGUUGUCAGCCUUCAUCGCUCCCUUCAAGCACUUGAGCCCCGGGGCCACUAACACGGAGGAUGAGGAUAAUCUAAGUACCAGCAGCGCAGACGUGAAGGAGAACCGAAAUGUGAGCAACCUGGAGGCACGGCCACUGCCCGCGGGCGACAGAGCCCGAGGCGGUGCGCCUGGCGUGAAGAGGAAAAGGCCUCUGGAGGAGGGCAACAGUGGCCACUUCUGCAAACUGCAGCUGAUCUGGAAGACGCUCUCGUGGUCAAUGACGCCCAAGAACGCGCUGGUGCAGCUGCACGAGCUGCGGCCCGGCCUGCAGUACCGGAUGGUGUCCCAGACCGGCCCGGUGCACGCGCCCGUCUUCGCUGUGGCGGUGGAAGUGAAUGGGCUCACGUUCGAGGGCACGGGGCCCACCAAGAAGAAGGCCAAGAUGCGGGCCGCCGAGCUGGCCCUGCGCUCCUUCGUGCAGUUCCCCAACGCCUGCCAGGCCCACCUGGCCAUGGGCAGCAGUCCCAGCCCCUGCACGGACUUCACCUCCGACCAGGCCGACUUCCCCGACACGCUGUUCAAACAGUUCGAGCCGUCGGCACCCAGCGCAGCCUUCCCGGGCCACCGCCCCGCCGAGCCCGAGCUGCUGUCCCCCGUCUGCCGGCGGGGACGGCUGCUGCGCCGCACGCUGGACCUGGUGGCCCCGGGCGAGAGGAACCCGGUGGUGGUGCUGAACCAGCUGCGCGCCGGCCUGCGCUACGUGUGCCUCUCGGAGCCUGCCGACAGGCAGCGGCCGCGCAGCUUCGUCAUGGCCGUGAGCGUGGACGGCAGGAUGUUCGAAGGCUCGGGACGCAGCAAGAAGCUGGCCAAGGGCCAGGCGGCGCAGGCGGCCCUCCAGGCCCUCUUCGACAUCCGGCUGCCCGGCCACGUGCCCAGCAGGAGCAAAAGUCACCUCCUGCCCCAGGAAUUCGCCGACUCUGUGUCCCAGAUGGUCACGCAAAAGUUUCGUGAGCUGACCGUGGGCCUGACGUCCAUGCACGCCCGCCACAGAGCACUGGCAGGGAUUGUCAUGACCAAAGGCCUGGAUGUCCGGCAAGCUCAGGUUGUCGUCCUGUCCUCAGGGACCAAGUGCAUCAGCGGCGAGUACAUCAGUGACCAGGGCCUGGUGGUCAACGACUGCCACGCGGAGACUGUGGCCCGGAGGGCACUGCUCCACUUCCUGUACGCGCAGCUGGAGCUGCACCUCAGCAAGCGGCGAGAGGACUGGGAGCGCUCCAUAUUCGUGCGGCUGAAGGACGGCGGCUACCGGCUGAGGGACAACACCCUGUUCCACCUGUACGUGAGCACGUCCCCCUGCGGAGACGCGCGCCUCCACUCGCCCUACGAAAUCACCAAGGACCUGACCAGCAGCAAACACAUCGUCAGGAAGUUCCGCGGGCACCUGCGCACGAAGAUUGAGUCCGGGGAGGGGACCGUGCCGGUCCGGGGCCCCGGCUCCGUGCAGACCUGGGACGGCAUCCUGCUGGGUGAGCAGCUCAUCACCAUGUCCUGCACAGACAAGAUCGCCAGGUGGAACGUGCUGGGACUACAGGGCGCCCUCCUCUGCCACUUCAUCGAGCCCGUGUACCUGCACAGCAUCGUCGUGGGCAGCCUGCACCACACCGGCCACCUCUGCCGGGUGAUGAGCCACAGGGCCGAGGACAUCGGCCAGCUGCCCCCCUCAUACCAGCACAACCGGCCCCUCCUCAGUGGCGUGAGCAGCGCCGAGGCCCGCCAGCCCGGGAAGUCUUCCCACUUCAGCGUGAACUGGGUCGUGGGCAGCGCGGACGUGGAGGUCCUGGACGCCACCACGGGGAGGCGGAGCUGCGGGGGCUCCUCCCGGCUCUGCAAGCACGUGCUCUCUGCCCGGUGGGCGCGGCUGUAUGGAAAGCUGAGCACGCGGAUUCCGAGCCACGGAGACACGCCGGCCAUGUACUGUGAGGCCAAGCUGGGGGCGCGCACCUACCAGGCAGUUAAGCAGCAGCUGUUCAAAGCGUUUCAAAAGGCAGGCCUGGGCACCUGGGUGAGGAAGCCACCCGAGCAGGACCAGUUCCUACUCACCCUCUGAGCGGCUGCCCCGGGCUCACGGGCAGAGUGAGAUGCCUGAGGGGGCCGGGCGGGCGUGAGGAGCAACAAGACUGUGCUGACCGGCUCUGUGGGUCCCUUGCCCUUGGGUGUUCCAGAAACACACGAGCGUGCGAUGUUCAGAUGAGCAACUAGACUUGAAGUAGGAACGUGCUGCUUCUCGGAUGGCCACUCCCAGGCUGCCGGAACCCGCCCGCCCGCCACACCUACAGGCACGAGUGCGGUGGCUCCCUCUUCUUGGUGUGUCAGAGGGGACAUGACUGUUCAGGCUGCAGGGUCUGAGUUGCAGCCUCGAAAGGUGGCACCGGGACAUCACCAGUUAGAAACGAACCUCAGGCGCCAUUCAUUCCCUGUUCCCCUCCCGACGCGCUGCUCGAGCGUUGCACUUGGUUCUCACUAGCACAAGGUUAUAGAUACUUCGAGAUAAGCCACAAGUGAAGAGAAAAGCCAUGCGCUCCUCCCCAAAGAAGCCAGUAAGAACGUCCUCUCAUUGUCA